AUGCCCUUCGUACCUCCUCCGACUACACCUCUGGCCUACGGAUUCACCGACCACAUCGUACACUCCAUCAACAAGGUAGAUAUCGCCUUACGAGUCUUCCCAGCAAGAGACGACGGUACGAAAAGACCGUGGUUGAUCUGGGUUCAUGGAGGCGCAUACAUCGCUGGAAAACACUUCAACACUCCCCCCUUCCACCUCUCAGCAUUCCACGAUCAAGCAAACUACCAUAUCGUUACAUUCUCCCACAGAUUACUACCUCAAGUAUCGUUCCAAGACAUGUGGGACGACAUCACCUUCCAAUUCCAAUGGUGUCUUACCAACCUCCCCUCAAUCAUCGGAGAGGAUAAGAUCGAAAUGGAUAAUUACGGUCUAGGAGGUGAUUCAUCAGUUUGUAUGGAAUUGUCAAUCCACUCGACCCAUACUGUGAACAAAGAGUUUGAAGAUGGAAUCACACCUGAUACUAAUACACCACCAAAUGUUUUGAUGAGGAUGCUGGAAGAUCGUGAGAAAUCACGAGCUCAAAUAUUCGCUCCGUGGAAUUGGGAGAUGCCAUCCAUCCUCACACCUGAACAAUUAGAAGCUUACUGGGGAUACAAUUAUGAAAAUACCGAGGAAGACAAGAGAAGAAUGGACCUGAAUAAUCAUAUACACAAGAAAGGGAUAAGAAUGAAUUUGUUAUUUAGGGAAGAAACUUUUAUUUGA